AUGAACUGGAAGACCAAUUACAAUAUCCCGGAGGUGUUAUUGGAUGAUAUAACCCACACAUUUAAAACUGUACUUCCGUUGCCUAACAAAACUCCUGAAUCAUACUACGAGACGAAGAAGUUAACCCGGUCGCUAGGGUUUCCAUGUCAUAAGAUCGAUGUUUGUGAGGAUAACUGUAUGCUAUUCUGGAAGGAAGAAGACCGUGGAUUGGUUCAAUGUCGGUUUUGUGGAAAAGCUCGGUACCAGUCAAACGUGGGUCGGUCAGGGAAAAAGAUACCAAAGCAGAGAAUGUUUUAUCAACCGAUUGCAGAUCGGUUGAAGCAACUGUACCAAUCAAAGACGACUGCUUCACAAUUGAGAUGGCAUGCAGAACAUUUGUCCCCUGAAGGAGAAAUGCAUCACCCGUCAGAUGGUAAAGUAUGGAAGCAUUUUCAGAAGACGUACAAUGUCUCAAGGAAAGAAAAUUUCAAGAUGCGUGCUGCCUUGAUGUGGACAAUCAGCGAUUUUCCGGCAUACGGGAUGCUAGCUGGAUGGAUGACACAUGGCAGGCUGGCUUGCCUAUACUGUAUGGAUGAGACAAUCGGUUUGGUUGCCAAAUGGAAGAAAACACAGCUGGUUUGA